AUGACCACCAACAACUCUUGUAUAACGCAAACAAACUUAGAUGGAGUCCUACCCCUAAUAAACAGAGGCAAAGUAAGAGACAUUUAUCAAGUCAACAAUGAAACGUUACUAUUCGUCGCCACUGACCGAAUCUCAGCAUACGAUGUCAUAAUGAACAAUCCAAUCCCUGAGAAGGGGAUCCUUCUAACUAAGUUAUCUGAAUUUUGGUUCCAUUUCUUAUCAGCCGAUGUCAAGAAUCAUCUCAUUGCCAUAGGUGAUGAAAUCUUCAAUCAUUUACCCUUUGUAUUAUAUGAUGAUUUAAAAUAUAGAAAUCAAUUAAAGAACAGAUCCAUGUUGAUCAAAAAAUGUAAAUUGAUCCCCCUGGAGGUAAUAGUUCGUGGAUUUUUAACUGGAUCCGCAUGGAAUGAAUAUAAGAAAUUCGGUACUGUACAUGGAACCACCAUGCCACAAGGAUUAAAAGAAUCUCAAGAAUUUGAUAAACCAAUUUUCACUCCCUCCACAAAGGCUGAGCAAGGUAAACAUGAUGAAAAUAUUACCAAAGAAGAAGCAAUUCAAAUCCUUAAUGGGGAUGUCAAAUUGAUUGAUGAUUUGGAGAAAUUGGCCAUUAAGUUGUAUUCCAAAUGUAAAGAAUAUAGUAAAACAAAGGGGAUCAUUAUCGCUGAUACAAAAUUUGAAUUCGGUAUUGAUGAAAUUACAAAGGAACUGAUCUUGGUCGAUGAAGUAUUGACUCCGGAUUCUUCUAGGUUCUGGAGCUUGGAGAAUUAUCAAGUCGGUAAAUCGCAAGAUUCUUUUGAUAAACAAUUUUUAAGGGAUUGGUUAACAACAAAUAAACUGAAUGGUGCCGAGGAUGUAGAUAUCCCGGAAGAUAUUAUAGAAAAGACAAGAGCUAAGUAUGAAGAAGCUUAUGAAAGUUUGACUUAUUGA